AUGUCAUCCCUUUUUAGAUCAGAAGAGAUGACAUUAGCCCAGCUCUUUCUUCAAGCUGAGGCGGCAUAUUCCUGCGUUAGCGAACUCGGAGAAUUGGUAAGAAAGAGUAGUAUAUCUCCGCCAUCUUGUUUUGAUCGAACAUUUAUUAUUUUUGCUCUCUACUUUUCCAGUAUUUUGAUAACUUGAUUGUUUGACUUUUAUGACUAAACACUGGUUUCCUCUUAUCUCCCCUUUUUUUAUGUAGGGUCUUGUGCAAUUUCGAGAUGUAAGUAUUGAUCAAUCAUGCAUUAUUAGAUCGCAACAUCGUACAUCGUAAUCUUCAUUUCAUUUUUUCGUACUUCUGUGUAAUUAGCUCGCCACCUUCCUUCCAUUAGAUCGUAUAUCUAGGCAACUGGAUCUUGAUCUUCAUUCCAUUAUAGAUCGUAUGCAAUUAGAUCGUACCAAUUUAAUUAGUUCCAACUCUCAUGAGAGUAGAUUGACUUUGUUCUGUGCUGGAAGAACGUCUUCUGACAAAUUUGCAAGAGGCCCAGGAAUUGUUUGCCAUUCUCGACAGGAAUGAUUAUUCUAACUGUGCAAGUUUCCUCCAAGCAUCAACAGCACAGAAAAAAGUCAAUCUACUCUGUACCUAGCAAAGGCAAUAUAGACCUUGUCACGGUUGUCGACGCCAUCUUGACGAGUAGGCAAACGCGUGAGAAAUUACAGUGUUUGUAUGAGCAUCUAAUGUUGAAUAACUUCUGUAAAACGACUGUUCUGAAAAAAAAUUAUGAAUUUUAAACUAAAGCUUUACUGCUAAGGAUUCUACUGAAAAAAAAUUGAGGGCGUUACAUGCGCUAGAAGACCUAGAACCACUUUUUUGAAUUUUCGAUACAUUUGUCUGUAAGAAAGUUCCGGGAAAAAUUACUGACAAAUAUAUGGGAAAUCUAAAGCAAGCUGCUGAAGAAAUUUAGGCACAGGUACACCCCAAAAUUUUUUGGUAGUUUAGUGGCCACUGUUGGAGAAGCAAGAAUGAGAUUGUUUCCCAACUACUUCUUUGGGAACCAAAACCCAGCAGAUGAUCCAGGGGUUCACCCUGCAAUGGCAUUUAUUGACCAAGUAGAGAGUGAUACUGAUCUUGCGAGGUAGAAACUUCUGUCUGUCAUGGCUAACAAAAGACAUUGGAAGAAACUUUUCAAAUCGUGUCGGUGUGCCCUAAAUAGACAGAUACAGUGUAAGGCAGUCAUCUUUCUAAGAUAGACACACAAUGCAGAUUCCAAUCAUGUCCAUCUUGGAAAUGGUUGACCAUAAAAUGUUUAUUGUCACUGUUUUUCUUUCUUAUACGGAUGAUUUUCUUGUCAGCUUAAUCCGGAUGUCAAUGCCUUUCAACGCAAAUUUGUCAACGAAGUCAGACGAUGUGAAGAAAUGGAAAGAAAACUCAGUAAGUGAAUACCAAUAGGCUAUUACUAGUUGCAAAACUGUUGCUUUCAAAACAAGGCUACCAUAAGUGCGAAACCUUUCUUCUGAAAGUGAGUUUUAUUUGCAUGAGAAUAAAACAGUCAUUUUCUUGUCAGUGGCUUUGCACUUUUAGCCUCAAUUUGAAACAGAGGCGUAAGACAACUCAGUAAUGGCCUCUUUUAGGUUGGGUGUAAACGUGUGUGCAAAAACAUAUGACCCUUAAUUUAAGAGUGCUGUGUUGUUGUUUGCAUAUAUAGGUGUAGGAUGCCAUACAUUCAUAUUCCCUCAAGGAAUCAAAAUGUUUUAUUAUGUUUGUUUCAUGCUGAUAACGUUACAAAUAUAGCCGGGGAUUAUUCUUACAACUCUUUUUCUGUAAUCAACAUCACUACUCAGAACUCUAUAUAUUUUUCGCAACUACAUUGAUAUGAUUUACAAUGUGUUUUGGCAGGAUUCUUGAAAAAAGAAAUUGAAAAGGCUGAUAUCCAUGUUAGUGAUACUGGAGAAAAUCCCGAGGCACCUCAUCCAAGAGAAAUGAUCGACCUUGAGGUGAGUUAGUUAAUAACCUUGACAUAAAUGAGAUAUAAAAUGUGCAGUCAUCAACAAAAUUUCCUUUUGUCUAACUUAUUUAAAUAACUAUUAUUUUUUAGGCUCAAUUUGAACAGCUUGAGAAUGAAAUGAAAGACAGCAAUGCUAACUAUGAAGCUCUGAUGAAAAGCUUCCUGGAGUUGACAGAACUCAAACACAUUCUACGCAAGACACAGACCUUCUUUGAAGAGGUGAUGCUCUUUCAAUCUGUAUGUUUUUAAAACUUAAUUUGCCAUUAACUUAGACCAGUUGCUAAGUGAUGAUAACCUUUUCAUGGACAGAAAAAUGGACAGAAAAAGCUAACAAACUAAGUUAUUAAUGGAAAAAUUUUUGAUUCAAUAAUCCAUUCAUAAAAUGAAUAAAAGGUCAAAUUUACCUCGAUUCAAUAAUCAAAUGUUGAUUUGGUUUAUGAACAAAAUCUACCUGUUCUUUAUUCUUGUCUGUUGUGUUCAAUCAUUUAUUUUUCCACUAGAAUCUAUUGUACCAAUCACAGUACCUCAGAAACACAGGCCUAGGUCUGUUCACAUUAUGCAGGUUAUAUGGAAGGUCAAACUGCUUACACUUUAAAUGGCCAUUUUUUAAUCAUACAUCAGUAUCUGUAAAAUACAAAUACAUGCAGCUGUAUUGUAACAGAAAAGCAUAACUUUUGUGCGUCAAUCCUAUAUGUGGUUUACAUGUAAGUUUUAUUUGGGCAAUUAAAGGAUAGAAUCCUUUAGUUGUAACCUUACCACAGAAUCAAGCCCGAGCUAAUUUUCUAUCCAUGUUCCUCGAUGUAGCUUGACUUUUGUCAAGAUUAUAUGAAAACAAAGAAUUAAAUAGUUGUUGGUUGCUACGCCUUUUUCAAAAUCUAUUUAUUUUAACCAAAUCGGCAACCCUGCCAAAAUUUAAUUACCAUGGUAGCCAGUAUGAUUGUAUAAGCCUUUUCAGAAUAUGUAUUUGGUAGCUGUGAAUAUUGGGUAGUAUUAGAACACAGUGUUGUGUUGGUAACUUUGGUUAGGCCGAACUUCACGUGCAUAAUCAACAACAGAUCCACGAACCGCAGGGCACUGAUGAUAUGCAAGCUCUGCUGAGAGAAGAAACGCGAGGAUCGGCCACAGCCACAGCAACUCAACUAGGGUAAGUGACAGCGAAGACUUUUUAUGGUGAUGUUUUCUAUUGUCUUUAACCUCUUACAAGAACCACUUGACACGUCUGAUCUUAAUGUUCACUGAAUUAUGUUGACUAAGCCACUCGGAGUAACUUCACAGGUCAUAAUGUAGAAACUGAAUGUAGUAAUACCUUACUAAAAAGUAGAUCUGUGUUCAGUCAGGACCUCUACUUGUAAAAGACUCCUGUUCUAUACCCAGGAUACCCAACAUAGUUUUUGCUGGUUGGCCUGGAGCAAAAGUUGAAUGGUGUACAGGGCUGUGCUCUAAGGAAAAUUGAAGGGCGCCCAGUGCUCUGAAACUGUAAAAUCUAGGGUGCCCGGCAUAUGAUUUGUGUGAAAAAUCUGAGAUUUUCUAGUCACCCUAGGGCAAAAGUUAGGCACCAGGGGCCACCGGGCGUUGCUAGAGCACAGCCCUGGGUGUAUUGCAGUCUCUGUGUUUAAUGGUCUGUAACUAAUUUUGCUUGUAAACUCCACAGGUUUGUGACUGGGGUGAUAGCUCGUGAGCGAGUGCCUACAUUUGAGCGCCUUCUAUGGCGUGCUUGCCGUGGGAAUGUGUUCUUUAAACAAGCUGAGAUUGAGACUCCUCUUGAAGACCCAAGCACAGGAGACCAGGUUAAUAAAUGUGUCUUCAUCAUCUUCUUUCAAGGAGAUCAGCUUAAGAGCAGAGUAAAGAAGAUAUGUGAGGGGUAAGUGAAUUUUUCAUCGACUUAAAAACAGUCCAGUGUGAUAGAUAAUUUUUCAAUAUUUAGAAUGGAAAUCAAUGUCAAAUACAUUGCAAUAGUAGGCAGUGAGACACAUUGUGUACAGAGUUGAAAUUAAAGGUCUGAUCACAGCAUAGUUAGCCAGACACUCCUGCUAAAAAUUAUCAUUGUCACUAAUAAAUAAUCUGUCUUCCAGUCAUUAAACAAAAAUCAACAAGUAGCCAGCCCAAUAAUGUCCAAGGUACAUGUAUCUUGUCAAUUGUUUGACUGCCUGCUGUUAGGGAAACCCUAAAAAAAACUAAAGAAAAUAAGAUUAAUUCACUUCGAUGAAGUUAUACCACAAUGUUUUAGAGCGACACAAAGCCAGCCCCCCCCAAUUAUUCUUCACUAUUAAAUGAGCGACUGUAUGAUCUAUCACCACUGUAAAGCUUUAUGGGGAAAUAACAGGUAUGGGUUCUUUACCAGCUGGAAGUUCAGAUUUGAUUCUUAUCCUCAGCUGCAUGACCUCCAACCUUUUUGUUCUUGAGCUUCUCUGCUUUGUAUUGUAGUUUUUAAUGGACAGCUGAUACCAUCCUUUUUACUAAAUUAAAUAGGCCAUUCUCUCAAAUAAGCCCCCUGUCUCUAUUAAGCCCCACCUCAAAUAGGCUUGAUAUGAAUGAGCCCCCACCUUAGGGGGUUUCAUAGACGAUGAUUUUGUGGUAUUACUUUUAGUAGUAGCAACCUUCAGAUUCAUUUAGAUAAUCAAAUCUAUGUAAUGGGAAUUAUUUCCUAGUUUUCGAGCCACACUGUACCCCUGUCCCGACACAGCAGCAGAGAGACGGGAAAUGGCUAUAGGGGUUAACACAAGGAUUGAAGAUCUUCAACAUGUAAGUAUGGAAAAUACCUACUUCACCAUUAAAUCUGCACUCCAAAUAAUGAAUGAACUACAGGUAACAUUGAUCAUCAUCCACUUUGUUACUUUAUUCUCUUUUGCUGCCCAAAGUAUUUAACCCAUUUGCCCCAGGAGACUUUGCCAAAAAACAUGUUAUAAAGCUGGUUGAGCGGUUUUGGUUGUCUGGUCACUGCCGUGCUAUAAAGAGCUAAAACUUAUCACAAAGCUGUUUACAGGUUGUACACUUCACGGCUUUCUGAGCUAGAUGCAAAAUACUAGCUUGCGAAGUUCGGGCAUUGGCAGAAAGCAAAAUUUCAAGAUAGUUUUUGGGUUUAAAAGUGACACAGCAGUCUUGACUUAUUCUUUUCGCUUUCUCUCCUUCCCUCUUUUUUUUCGUUUUUCUUACCUCACUUUUUUUUUCUCUUACUGGGCAUUUAGUAGCCUUCCCUUUGGUGGGAUAAGUUUUUAGGAAAACUUUUAGGAUCUUGCAAUUAGAUGAAAGGAAAGGUAGGUGGGCAGAGCCCGGUGGCCCUUGGCGCCCAACUUUUGCUCCUGGGCAACUGGAAAAUCUCAGAUUUUUAGUACAAAUCAUAUGCUGGGCACCCUUGAUUUUACAGGUUCGGAGCACUGGGCUUCCUUCAAUUUUCCUUGGAGCACAGCAUUGGACUGAAAUGCGUGUUAGUAAAGGGGCUUUGUCAUUGCAAAUUACCGCAAAGUCAAGUUGAGAGUUUCUCAUAAAAAGAAACUGAGCAGAUAAAAACAGCUCAAAACAUUAUUCUUUUGGACAAAACAAAAUGCGUGAAACUACUAAUUUAUGUGUCGAAAUAAUGAAUAGUAAAUAACAAGUAAAGGGGAAACUUGGCCACAUGGUGCAAUUUUGCAUUUGCCGUUUGAUGUAAAUGUGAAUGCUUAACCUCUCUAAUGUACAUACCCUUAUAUGGGAUGGAAAGUACCCUCCUAUAUUGUGACCAAGCUUAGUGCAAAUAAGUUUAUCAUGUAUCAGGGGAGUGUAUUGUAUUCCUCUUAUCUGCAACAUUUUAUAUCGAUUCCAUUGUUUCACAUUAAUUUACUAGUCUUGUUUUGGUAGGUGCUCAAUGAAACUCGUGAUCACCGUCAUCGCCUGUUGUUGACUGUGGCCAAGAACAUUAAUCAGUGGUUUAUCAAGGUAACUACAAUGUUAUUCAGUAUUAGACAAUGUCAGUCUCCCAUGCUUAAAACUGUUGUAAGCAGCUCCCCUUGAGGAAGGAAAGACUGGCUUUUUACCAAAGGGUCACUAAAACAGUCUGCUUUGGUAGAGUUUUGAUUUUGUUUAUUAAGUGUAACUACAGUCAUAUUAAGCGGCCACCUAUUAAGCAGCAACCCCUUAUCUUGUGGCUAGUUGUCAAAAUACCGAAAAUAUUUUCACUUAAAUACUAUAAAUAAUGUAUAGAUUUAGCCAGGGCUAAAGGGGAAGCUCUUGAUAAUAUUUAUAGGGUGCGUUCGAUUGGGAAAUCUGGAUUUAGAUUUUAAAAUCCGGGUUUCGGAUUUGCAAUUGAAUGCGAAAUCUGAAAACGGAUUUCAAAGCUGAGAUAUCUGUUUUUGGAUUUUCAUUUUUACCGUUUGAUUGGGAAAUCCGAAAAAGGAUUUGAAAAACUGUCCUUAAGAACAGCAGUCUUGAACGCGCACGCAUAAUUAGGAAAAAGAAGACCGCUGUUCAUGAGAAAUCCGGAUUUAGAUUUUGAAAAUCUAAAUCCGGAUUUCCCAAUCAAACGCACCCAUAGUUUGUUCAAACAACAUAUAAAAUCAUGUAAUGCUAAGCGGCAAAGGCAUGCAACGCCGGAAAACGAUGAAAAACAACAAUAGGUCUAAUUAGCAAAAGCAACUUUGCACGUGCAGCAAACUUUUUUUGUACAUUUUGUUGCCAUUGUUUUGCACGACUACAAUGUGAAACUUCCAGAAACGUCUUAGUUACACGUUUUAUGGAGGAAAUGUUGUACGUGUUCGCGUUGACUUUUUUUCACUGCCUUUCAUUUUCACCUUGCAUUGGUGGCCACUAGCAUUUCUCAUUUUGUCACCGCCACUACAAAAUUUUCAAGUUGUUCCUCUAACAAAAAAAUGCCUCCUUUGUUUUUUAUCUCUUGCUCUAAAUCCCUGUCCCCCUUUUUCUCGUUGAGCUUUGCUGGCCUGCUCCGCUAAAACCCCUGUUUAGAAGCUACCCCUUAUAAGAGACCGCGGCCACCUUUUGGUCACCCUGAUGAAGGUCUUUUAUCGUUUUUGACCCCUAUUAAGUCACCACCCAAUAUUAAAUAACCAUGGGUCUGGCUUUGUUUUUUGAUAAGGCAAUGGCAGUAAGGAGCCGAAGUACAAAGUGACAACUGAUAAAUGCAUUUAAACACAUGUUUAUAGUUCUCUUUGCAUGGAACCUUACAUGUUUACUAACCAAUUAAACCGACUGUAAAAAUAUUCAAAAUGUAAAUGCAGUGUUCAUGUUGAGAUUUUCUUAAAAUUGGUUUUGUGUGAUUUUUAAACAUUUCAUUAUGUGCAACAGAAUAAAUGAUGUUAAAAGUCUAAAGUAUGCUUACAUUUGAAUAAAUUGAUGUUUCAAGUAAGUUUCAGACCUAAUCCUGACGAACCUUAUUAAGCAGCCAACUCCUAUGAAGCGGCAGCCACUUAAGGUGUCAUAGGGGUUCAACUGUAGGAACACAUUUUUGGGGAGCAACAUAACAGCCAUUCAUUCCCUGGCUGACAUUGUUUUGAACACUUUUGCCUUUGUAUCACAGUCUGUAUUGUGUGGUCGGAAAACUAAAAUGUAUUGCUAAAAAGGCAAGUGCAGCCCUAUCAAUAGAAGUUUUACUGUAUACUGUAUUGAAUUAAUGUCGAAAUAAGAAGACUGGAGAAUUCAGUGUUUGAUUUAAUAUUCUCAUUUCUAGGUAAAGAAGAUCAAGGCCAUUUACCACACUAUGAACAUGUUCAAUCUGGAUGUGACUCAGAAGUGUCUCAUUGCCGAGUGUUGGUGUCCUGUGAGUGACUUGGACAGGAUUCAGCAAGCGUUACGUCGUGGCACAGAGCACAGUGGUGCUGCCAUACCAUCCAUUCUGAAUCGCAUGGCUACUAAGCAGGAACCUCCAACUUUUAACAGGACCAACAAGUUUACAGAGGGGUUUCAAGUCAUCGUAGAUGCUUAUGGCGUGGCUAAUUACCAAGAGGUUAACCCAGGUACAGAAGAUUAGCAGAUAUUGGUUUUUAAACGUAGACCACUGAUACUCAAAGUGUGCACAGUGUAUUUCCAAAUUCUUAAUUUACACUGUAAGUAGUAGACUUGCUACAAGUCGACCUCUCAAAACUAAGUUCUUAAGAGUGAGCGAAGCGAGCUUCAAUGCACAAGAUCGUGCAGGGAUGGAGCUAGCGACAAAGUCUUGAGGUUGACUUGUUUCACCUGAAUGGAUUUGAAUCAUAUUAUAAAUGCACGGGGGGGGAAUGAUUGACAUAUGCUGUGGCUGGAGCGGUGUGAAAUAUCAUUCACUGUGCUAUUGGUCAAUUGUCAUGAUGUCACAUGUAGAGUUUCGACUGGUGAAUUUCAUGCCAGACAGGUAUCAAAAGUCCUUUAAAAUAGAAUAACCAACCAGGAAAAAUAUAGAGGACUUUUAGAAUGUCUAUGUAAGUAACUUUUCAUUCAAUUUUGCAAAUAAAUUUAAUUGUUUUUUUUUUUUACUUUCUUCCGACAAACAGCUCUGUUUACCAUCAUCACAUUUCCGUUCCUUUUUGCCGUCAUGUUUGGGGACUGUGGCCAUGGCUUGAUCAUGUUCCUGUUUGCUUUGUGGAUGGUGUAUAAUGAGAAGAAACUGAAAAAUUUCAAUGGAGGAGAGGCAAGUUUAUUGCUGUUGAUGAAAGUAACUCAAAUUGAUUUGUGAAGCUGCAGAACAAAUUGUGUUGAGUAAACUCAUGAAAAACAUUACAAAGAGAAGCCCUUGCCCAUGAGGAUUCUAGCCAAAAUGACUGGUUUUUGAAUGGAAGGCAUAAAUUUAUUGAUUCUGGGGGAAUUUAAGGUCCCAAAUUAUUGAAAGUCGGAGUGUUUUUUUUUUUUUAUUUUAAGUUAUUAUUAUUAUUGUUAUUAUCAUUAUUAUUAUUAUUACAAGUGAUACUGGUAAAAGUAAAUUAUAACUAGUUUACACUAUAUAAAGCUUCGAAUUUAAACCUUGAAAUAAUUUGAUAAAAAAAAGCUAGCUUUUUCGUCUUUCUUCAGUGCCGCAUAUUUAUACGACGAAGUCACGGUUCAUGGUUGUCCACUAUAGUGAGAAGUGACUCCAUUUGCUUUUAUUGAAAUUGAUGGAUGAAAAUUGAUUGCUCCUUUUGAUAUACAAAUCAUGUCCAGUGACAUACAAAUCAUGUCAAAGAGAAAGUAAAAUCAACUAUUACAGCUGAUUCUUAAGUUGUGGCACAAGCUGAUGAAUAAAGUGCAUAUUUACAAAAAUAGAUACGAAUUGCUCUUUCUGAAAAGAAAACAACAACAGGUUCAGGUCUGACAGUCUUCUACAUAUAAAAUUGUCAAAGUUAUAAAGCUUCUUACAAAAUUGCCUCAAAGGAUUCCUGGAGAUUUUUUUAUGAUAAUUAUAAUUACUUUUAUAGUUAUUACUUUAAUGAAGGAUGAUCAUGGCAGUUACAUACGCAACUUUUGCAGUUGUGAACAGAAAGCCUGAAAAAAAUUCAGGCUUGUAUUGGAUUCGAACCCUUGACCUCUGCGGAAUACCAGUGCAGCACUCUACCAAUUAAGCUAACGUUAACAAGCCAACUGGGAGCAGGUCGUUGAAUUGGUUCGUUAUAAACCUGUGAAAGGAUGAUGAUGCGUAUAUAACUGCGAUGAUCAUCCUUCAUUUAAUUCUUCACUCCACAGUUCAUAUAUAUGAUUUUCACGUAAUAUUCAAAACUUCAUAAUCUUUACCAUAACUUUUAUUUAUUUAUUUAUAUAAUUUUUCUACCCUGACAUGGUUUGCAGAUACCUGCCAAUGAACACUCUCAACCUUUAGUUUUGUGCUGCAGGAAACUAAUAUCUUAGUAUAAUUAUUUUCCUUGGCAGAUCUUUGAAACCAUGUUUGAAGGUCGAUACAUUAUUUUGUUGAUGGGUUUAUUUGCUGUCUAUACUGGUCUUAUUUAUAAUGACUGCUUCUCGAAGUCCUUCAACAUCUUUGGAUCUUCAUGGGAUCUCGAUGUAAAGUGGCCAGCAAUUAGGUAAGCUUUGUAAAUACCUUAUUACAUGAAGUAGUCGCGACACAUUAAUUUCAUGACUUUCGCAAUACAAAAAAAUUGCAAAAUUAAAUUGACGCUAACAAUGAGUGUCGCUAACAUAGCAUGGUGCGAAAAUUAAGUGACUCACAUGAUGUCCAUAAUCAAGAAAGAGCGAGUUUAUUACCCCUGAAACGUUCAUAAAAUCAGAUCUUUUUUUACUUUUCUGAGGAAUUUUCAGUGUAAAUGGAUAUUGUGAUCAAUAAUUGACUCAAGAACAAUAAUAUUAUCCAUGUACAUGCAAGCAUGAACUGCUUGUGGACAUUGUGAGAACUGCUUUGUUGUUACUGUUGACAUUUAGGCCUGCUGUUGCAUUUUUCUUAAUUUUGACUUAAUUGUUCCUUUGAAAAAGCAUUUUUUUUUUAUUUUUUAAUUCAAAGACAUGUUAAAUAACAACUCAUCUAUGAAAUGUAAAUUGUUGUCCUCAAUGUAAAUUGUUGUCGCGAAAUAUGGUCACAUCAAAAUUACUUAAUAAACAGAGGCAGACUGAGGAUUUUGUGAUAGAGGUGACAGAGGUGGCAGGGGUCUCAGUAAGCACCGACAGUUGACGAGAUGCGACAGCUACUUUGCUCAGAGUAGUCGGCUACUUUUUUCUAGAAAGAAGAAGCAACUAGUCUACUCUGAAUAACGUCGUAACCAAAAAUGCAUCAUAUAAUCUGAAUGAAAAUGCAAUUAUGUGUUUCCAUAAGGGCCCCCUGGUUUAUACUUUAGUCAUGUGAAUGCUAUAUUUCAGUCAGUUUUUCCCAAGUUUCUUUAUAGGUUUACACAGAAUUUGUUUACGUUCAAAAGUACGUGAUUUAGAUUUCAUCAUUUGUUCUGUGGCUUAUAGAUCGAAAGUUGAAUGAAUUAGCUACAUUUUCUUGAAUGAAAAAAAGAACCACGCUCUUUUGUCCUCAAUUUAUUCCCCAGAAUGCUGGAAAUCGCAUUUUGGGGCUUUGAAAUUUCAAAAUUUUUUGAGGGAGCAUGCCCCCAGACCCCCCUUAGAAAAAGGGGACUUGUUUAUACAGUCAGUAACUCUAUUCAAACCCACUGGCUACUUGUAGUUUUACUGAAACCCCUGAGGGGGCCUAGAUAAAUUUUCUUUGGUGUUAUUACAGAUAACUAAUUAAAUCUUUAGCCCUUGAAAAAUGUAAAAAAGAAUGCGAUGUUAUGCAAAUUAUUCUGGUACAAGGUUUUUGUCCACUGAAAAUUGAAAAUUUAAACUCAAUUUCCUGAUGGAUUCCAUCUUUAAAAGUCCUUUUUUUUACACUCUAUUUGUCAGAUAACUCUCUAGACACUAAAUGCUAGUCCCUCUUGCCGAAAAAAGAUCUUUAAAAAAUGCCAGGUAGCAAAUUAAAAAUUACCAUUUAAAAUUAAAUUCUAAAAUUAUGUCUUCACUUUCUCAAUUUUUUGACAUUGUUGUUUGUAUUCUUUUAGCGCAAGUGCACUCAAUUCUUAUGCGGAAAGCAAGACUAUUAUGCUUGAUCCAAAGGAAACAUAUGAUGGCAUUCCAUACUACUUUGGGAUAGAUCCAGUAAGUACAAGUCUGUUUUCUUUCUGUGCUUAAGGCACUAAACGUACACAGUCUGCAUUAAUUUGAAUUAAAUUGCUAUGAAGAUGCCGUUGCUUAUCACUAUCUGUUGUUGUGCUUACAACGUCAGAAAAGUGUUAGCCUGCGAAAACUUCCGUUUCUCCUUGUUCGUCGUAGCUGGGGACGUUUCGCACGCAGGAACGUUUGCGACUCAGCGGCAGCAAUUCGAUACUGAUGAUGCAAAUCAAUGUUUACAUAAUAAAUCCGGUAGUCAUGGGGUUCCAAAUAUAAAGUUGUCCAAUUUUAUGUGUCUUCUGGUCGAUUUUGGUAAAGUGUUGUGUGCAUCUGCCAAAGAGCUCCAGCAAAACUCAAAUACUUCUUCUAGAGAAGACUAUAUUCUACAAAUAUUGAUUGUUUUGUUAGAGAUUCUUCACAUUUACAUUUGACCUCUGUGGCCUUUUGUCUUUUGUCUGUCAAGACUGUCAUUCGUAAACAAUAGCUAAAACAAUGUAACUACUCCGUUGACCAAUCAGGGCUUCUGACCAGAUUCCUGAUAGAUUUUACAUCAUCAGAAUGGAUUUUCUGUCGCUGAGUCGCAGACGUUCCUUCGCGCGAAACGUCCCCAGCGGCAAAGAGCAAGGAGAAACAGAUGUUUUUGCAGGCUAGAAAAGUGUGUUAAUUAAUAAUAUUAUUGUUAUUUAUGUACUCUUUUUUUUAAUGGACUAACCAGUAUUUGUUUCGCAGAUCUGGCAGAUAGCCACAAACAAACUUACAUUUACCAACUCCUUUAAAAUGAAGAUGUCUGUUGUGUUGGGUGUGGUGCAUAUGAUGUUUGGUGUCUGUCUGAGUUUCUUUAAUCACAGGUGAGUAUUAACCACAGAAUGGCCAUACCCCGCUUUUCCCCAAUUUUGUUCUAUGAAAGAGAGGGCGUGGGGGUGGGGAAGUGCUGUUGAAGAAGUUUCAUUUGCCGUAGGUUUUUAUCCACAGGUUCAAACGUAAGAGCAACAUGCUAAAUGAUUAGAACCAUGUGAAGGAUUUAUUCCCGGGGGGGGGGUGGCACUUAAGGAAUUUCUGGGUGGGGAUGUGCCGCUUGGACCCUGGAACCCUGGAACCCUUGACCUAUACCAGAGCUAGUUCAGCUGAAUUUUGUGACCCUAUACUAGAGUAAAUUCCUAAAAUCUCCCUAUCCUAGAGUAGCUGUUUUCCCAGUCUAGAGAAAAUCUUCAACCAACCGAUCAGUUUCCUGAAAAAUGAUACCCUAUUCUAGACCCAAACACUCUGAUUUAUAUACCCUAUCCUAGAGUAAACUGCUUGAAAACCCUUACCCUUCACAGCGUCACAUACCCAUAUAGCCCAUAUAUAUAGCCCAUAUAUGGCAGUACCCCCCCUGGGGAUUUAUUUUAAAAUGGUAAAACCAUAGAUUUCAUCUACAGGUGCAAAAGUUCAAACUACAUCACAUCUCCAUAAUUGGCUCUGGGAACGGAAGUUUUAAAGGAGGGGAAGUGGAAGACUUUUUGUUUGUUUGUUUGUUUUUUACCAGUGUAAUGAAUGCAAAGAAAUGUGCCCAACUUUUCCAGGCAACUUGACACGUGAAAAUUCUUGGAUAGUAUCCGUUUUAAUCUUCAUGUGGGUUCAUUACUGGACCAUAGCCUGCAGUACAAAUAUGUUACCUGAAUUUUAUUUACUUAUUUGUUUAUUUUAUUUAUUUUUACUUUGUCAUUUCUUGUUUCAGGCACUUCAAAAAACCUCUUAACAUUUUUGCAGAGUUUAUUCCCCAGGUAAAUUGAAGAGUCCAAGGUUACAUUUCCUAAUUAUACAUAGUGGAACUAAGCAAAACAUUUUAUAAGUGUCAUAGAUGGUUAAAACGUACGUUUUCAUGACAUUGUUGUCUCAGGAGGCAAUUUUCACACCAUGAGAGUUAAUUAACAUUUAAAUGAUAAGCUAAUAAACAAGUUUACCUCUCUAUAAAUCUGGUAUACUCUUGAUAUUGGUGAAAAACCACCUUGAUACGUGGUGUCUGUUUGACCUUUCUUGUUCACUGCCAAGUUUACAGUGUGCAAUUUACCAUAUUUGCUUUGGUAUUCUCAAUAGAAUUAGUAUAAAAAGAUGGCCCAAGAACUGUCAUGCAUGUUGAUAUUACACUGCUAUGUUGGACUAUACGUGUUGUUUGCGUGGAACUGCACUGAUGCAAUAAUAUUUAUUUUUACUAUCUUUGUUUUGUAGGUUCUGUUUCUGUUUUGUAUUUUUGGCUACCUGGUGAUUUUGAUAUUCUACAAGUGGAUUGCUAUUAAUGUGCACAGCCCUCAUGUAAGGCUCAAAAAUAAUAAAUAAUAGUUAAAAAAUAAUAGUCUUAAAUAAUAGUUUUAUUAUUUGUCUCUCAUGAUUUUCUUUACCAAGCACCUCUUCAUUAUAUUACGUCUUUGGAGAGUUGGUUGUAAGAUUUUAUGAAAGCAAGAACUUUCAAGUCUAUAUAUGUACUCUUUUCUUCAGUGGUCAUGAGCAACAUUCUACAGUGUAUUUGAUGCCCAGAAUGCUUGAAAAUAAAUCGCAUUUUUAAGCUUCCAUUUAAGUACUUUUCAGAGGGGGAAGCCUGGCUACAGAUCCCUCGACUUGUAUGUUGGCACAAUAGGCAAAUUUCGUAUUCCCGGGCGGCCUAGGGCGAGUGCUUGUUUUCGCGCGAAAGCGAGGCUAAUGCGGGUGAUUUCCUGGCAACAAGACCAACAAACAUGAGAAAACUGCAGCUGAGUUACCGGAAAAUGAGGAAAAUCUUAAAGGUUUAAUGUUUCAAUGGGCUCCAAACUUACUUAUAGGCUUAAGAAAUCAUUGUUACGUACAGCAAAAGGAAGAUCAGCUCUUCAUCACCGAGAAAAACAACGAGCGAAACCAGAAAUUAAGCGAAAAGUGGUUGGUGAGCGAGUUCAAUAAAAAUGCGAAGAUGGUCUCAAAAUCCUCAAAACAUGGUAAAACCCUGAAGCCAUUUUAAUGUCCAUUUUCAGUGAUCGUUAUAACUUCUUUAAGGAAGCCUUCAUUGAAAUGCGGUAGUUAUCGAAAAAAUGCAAUUUAGGGACUUGUCAGAAAUUAGCAGGGGGGAGGGGCGGGGUUGGAAACAGAGGGAGGGUCACAACUUUUUGAGACUGCAGAAAAGGGAGGGGUCAUGAAAAUUGGGCCGUUAAAAGGGGAAGGGUCAUGCAAAUAUGUGUCCGUGAUCAUGUAGAGGUUCACCCACAGAAGAAAAAAGAAGUUCUUUAUUUUGUAAAAAAAAGCCUGGGAGAAACAGGAGAGUUGAGUAAUCAGCUGUCAGAAUCAGAGUCGGACUCUUAAUGCUGUCAUCUAAAAUGUAUGUAUAUGGCAUUACAAAGAACAGAUUAGAAAUAUAUUUUGAGCUUUCAUAAUACCAGGAGCCGAUUACUUCCUAGUGUAUUGCAAGAACUAGAUUUUAUCAUUUAUACAAGAGGGGGAGGGUCAUGAUAUUGUAGGCCAAGGUCAAGGGGAGGGUAAGCAAAUUUCCCUCCCAUUGCAGGGAUGGGUCACCUCAUUUCCGAACCCAAAUUUAAAAUUCCCACCCCCCCCCCCUCCCCUCUGCUAAUUUCUGACAAGUCCCUUAGUAAAACAACCACUUUUCAGUUGACAUUUUCUAACGGAGGGGAUGAAAAAUUUUGUGUAUUUGAAAUAAACCGAACAAGUACGUUCGGUGAAAAAAUAUCUUUCUUGACGGGGCUGAAGUUCUGCAUAGAUUCCUUGUACUGUGAGGAAGUUAAAUCGGAAUGGACAAAGGCGAUUUGAAAGGUAUAAGUUUAAUUGUACAUUUAGCUUACGUCGUUUAUAAAAACAUUCAGCCACAUGUAGAAAAACAAUCGACGUAUGCACAUUUCACUCGAUGAGAAGUUGAAUACAGACUUAUUAUACAGAUGGUGAUGCUAUUCCAUUUUACAGAUAUACACACGAGUAAAACAGGAUAAUAAGAAGUUUGAAAAUAGAAGGGAAUCGAAUAUUGACUUUUAAACAUAAGCUUAAUUUACCAUUUUCAAGCUGAAGUUUACUUCUUCUUUUGGCUUCAGUCGUGGCUUUUUUCAUGUCUCUGUUAGUUCGACCAGCUCUUGCCAUAGUUUCGCUGUUUGAAACAGAUAUCCCGUCAGCGGACUGGUGAAGUUUGAGCUUUGAAAUCUUAUUAGUUUCAUGUAUUGUAUCGUUUUCCAACGACUCAGCCGCAAUUUGCCUAUGUUUGUUUUUGUUUUUUCCAAGAAGUUGACCCGCAUUAGCCUCGCAAUCAUGGGCGUUCCAGGUCCGUCAGAGAAUACGAAACUUGCCUAAUGAUCAUUUUGCGUUAAACUUAGGAUGCUUACAACUGGCCAGCCCGACCAGUCCAGUUGACAGAGAAUUUCAUUAAUGUUAUUUUAUCAGGACUAUCCACUGAGCCAGAUUAAUCUACAGUGGAACCUUGAUAUAAAGAACCUCAGCAUAAUGAAGUCCGCAUUACAACGAAUGAUUUCCUUUACCCUAAUAGUAAAAAAUGUGAAAAAGAACCUCCAUAUAAUGACUCUUAAUAGCAAACAAAUUUCACCAGUCCCUUGGCCCUACGUCUUUGUUUUGCUUUGCGUUAUUUUCCUCACUUAUAUGUGUUGUCCGCGACUGUGCUCACACGGUGGGUGGCUCCCCCUAAAUUGUUCUGCAGUUGGUAUAGGAUUUAAUGGAGCCGAAACCAAUUGUGGAAUUGCACGCAUUUUAGGCAUCCUACUGAUGAACAGUUGGGGCUCGUAGAUCUAUUUUUUAGCAACUACUAUAAUUUGCAGUCUGUCUAAUUUGAAUUAUACCGAGGUUCAAACAAUUAAUAUAAAAAAAAGUAUGUUAACGACUUUUAAGAAAAGACUAUUAAAUUAUUUCUUUUUCACGUUGGCCUGUCCAGCUGGCCAGUUUCGACUUUUGGCGAAUUCCCUGACUUUUUGCUUUCCAUUUUCUUUAAGCAACCAAGCUUGUUGUUAGCUCUGAUCAACAUGUUUCUCCAGUUUGGCGGAACCAUUCAAGCGAGCGACUUAAUUUAUAAAGGACAGGUAAGCAAAAGACACAAGUUCUAUUUUCCUAGAUUUAAAAUUGCAACACGUACCAGGUAAAAUGCCAAGGGAAACAAGGAAAAAGAAAACCUCGUGCAGUACAAUUUGCUUUCAAGCAAAAAUAGCUACAAGAGAACGAUUGAUUACGAGUCUUCAUAGCCAAUAACAUCACGGCUUAACUGACAGACGACCAAUAACAUCGCGACGUAAUUGAUCAAUGAGAUCAAUAACCAGAGUAUAAUACCAUCAACUGACGUGAUACAACUCACUUUGACUCUGAAGAUGACUACCUCAUAGGUUGUCGAAACGUCAGUCACUGUCAACAACAACAGUCCUAUUUAGGACUACGUUCACCCGGACUAUCAAACUCAACCUACUUUUGAAAUGACUCUUGGGUUCAAACUUUUCGCAAUUCGCUUAUUAUUAGCGUACCAUGUAAGCAUAUUGCACUAAGCAGCCUGUAUAUUGUUGUUGCUGUUCCAGAUAGUGUAGCCUGCGUACCAGGCAGUUUUUGUGGUGAUUGCUUUGUGUUAAGUAAAAUAAGGGAUACAGCCGCACGAAAGGUGAACCAAGAUUAAGCAAGAAAACGAGGGAGAGAGGGCAAGGGGAGAACCGCCUGCAUUCAACCCCAUGAGAUUUUUGAAACUCCGUUUGCUAGCCAACAGAGCAAAUGGCUAAUACAAUGUCAACCAAUUGUCAGUGGAUGUCAAACAUUCUCAGUGCAUUCAGCAGUACAGUACCAAGGGAGUAUACUGUUGAUGCAAAUGUGACCUGUUUGGGGGCCAAACAUUCAAAAUUUGAGGUCAAGUUUGAAGGCGGUUGAUUAAGUGUUUACUUACUAAGGAGAUUAAGUGGAAUAUGAAUUAAAAGGAUUGCAUUUACUAGCAGUUGAAAUGGUGUAUUGCCUGGGGCGUUAACAUUCUAAAGUUAAUUGUUGGAUUCUAAUAUUGAGUGGUAAAGGAUUCUUGACAAAAGGGUUUGUGAAGAUCAAAUACGUACUGAUAAGUAGUACCGGCCUCUUCUGUAGGAUAUUAUUCAGCUGCUGUUGGUAGUUGUAGCAGUUCUGUGUGUGCCCUGGAUGCUCCUGGUGAAACCAAUCUACCUACGUCGCCAGCACAAGGCCAAGAAGGAUGAGGUAAGAUACUUAUUUAAUCAAAAGACACUUUGCAUUAGGUUUGAGUAGUGGCCUUUUAAAUAAGACAAACAUGUCAUGGCAAAAGUGAUUUUAAGAUCGCAGCUCAAAAACUAUUGUCUUAAUUGUCGUACAGAAGUUCUGCAUCCAUUUUAAUAGCUACUUUUGUAUACCAAAGUUAAAUACUAUUGAUCUCAUGUUUCGCUGUUCUCAAUAGUCUUUGCAUACCUCUUAAGAAAAGAGUUUUCUUCAGCCAUAUAUGGUUGGUUCAAAGGUUCGUGUCUGCAGGUUUUGAAUUGGUAGAUUUUGGUCCCCCUUGUUCUUCUUUUUCGUCGUUUUAUGUUAAGAUCCUAAUUUGGUGUUCCUGUGACACUAAGGCAGAAAUGUUCGAGCUUUCAUUGGCAACUUCAAAUUAGCCGCCCUUAUUAAUUUUAUCAGGGGCACCUCGGCUGGGGAACUGGACUCCUUUCGACUCAAUUUCGUUUCCGUAAUUUUCCGUAAGUUACUAUAACGCGGAUCCGUAAUCAAUGAUAACCUCUAGUCAGUAAGGUUUGAUUGGACUUACACUUAGAACCUGAAGUUGAAGUCUGGAAUGUGCCUGUUAACCAUUUGGUGCUUCCUCUUUCCUUUCGGUAAUAGAGAAAUUUGAUAGUUUUUUAAAAAAAAACUUACAUACUGGUACCCUGGAUUUCAUAAAGUAGCUUAAAAAAAAGAAGUGCAGCAAUGAAAAUGAAAGUAAGGUUCGUGUUAAACACUUAACCCUAUCCUACACAGAGUUACAGAGUUUUGGAGUCUGUCUUCAGACUAACUGUCUGGUUACAUAAAGGCCCAAAGUAUUUUCAAUCUCGGACUCGUUAACUGGGACUCAUUUGUUCUGGACAGGGACUCAUUUUUCACCUGAUGAGUCUCAGGACUCACCUUUAACAAAAUCACUGAAUACCAGUACAUGCAGAUGUGUUUUGUACUUUUGGUUGUUAAAAUAAUCCUCUAAGGGUCAUUUUGUCAUGAAAUGGUCAAAUGUCCUUAACAGAACUCCAAGGGACAAGAACCAAGUGUCUGUUUUACAAAGGUUCCUGUAGCCACUGUAUGAAGUUGGGUAUCUAAGGGUUAAAAAAAUUAAGUAACAGAAAUAAUGGCCGUAAUGGAGCAUGUAUAUUGGCCACUUUGAGGUUGUGCGGAAGACUGGGUCAAGAUGGUUGUCAAGUGCAUUGUGGGACUGUUUUGGGGGACGAAUUUUCAACAUGGCGGCAAAUUUGACCCCCAAAACAGUCCCACAAUGCACUUUGGCAACCAUCUCGACCCGUGCAACUUCAAAGUGGCGAAUGUGAAGUUGUCGUUUGAUGUAAUUUGUUUAUAAAGCGUUAGUAGAGACUGAGUUGAAUUCUUAUUACCAGGGUUUUCAGAGGCUAAGAUCAAGCUCCCCCAGCCCUCCCCCUGUGGCAGUGAAUUUGGGCGAUUCAGUCCUUGAUGGUGGUGAAGUGGUUCAUCAUGAAGGCCAAGCAAUGGCAGAACAUGGGGAUGAUAUCCAUGAGGAGGUAUAGCAAAGUUCCUUCAGUGAAGACUGUACCCAUCUAAUACAAUCAGCUAGACUUUCAAAAAAGUCCUUCGUCGGCGCGGGACGACUUCGUCGCUCGCGGUCGCCGCUUCGCGGCCAAACAAGGCUCGCUCCGCUCGCCAAGAGGUCGACUUGUAGCAAGUCUAACAAUCCGCCAGCUGACGACCAGCGCGCUGAAGUAGCUGAAUAUCAUGAGAACAUCAAAAUAUUUAUCUUGAAACGUGAUAACACAGAAGUAUCAAAAAAAGUACACCCCAAUUCACACCAAUUAAACAUGUUUAAUUAAAUCAGCCUGUCAAAACUGAAAAGCAGUAAUGGAAAACUGGAACACAGGUUACUUUGUACACAGGAUUAAAAUGAACUUCAACGCGCUCUUUAAUUUCCAAGCUUUAGUCUGAAUCGGACAAAAGAAGUUACAAUAGAAGCUACAAUAGAAGUAAGAAGUAAGGAGUUUAUUGAACACGCCCCUGCAGGGCUUUUCAUUGAUACAAGACAAAGGUAUAAUGCAUUAUAAAGGUUUUAAGAAAAAUAUUUCCACCUAAAAAAGAGGGAAAAAUUACCUAUUGUACAAUAAAAUGUUAAAACCUACAAAAUACUUGCGGGAUCAAGAAAUUCUGAACCAUAAUCUUCUGCUGUUAUUGUUCUUGAUCAACCAUGACUUUUUAGCGGUAAUGUUGUUCCAGGAAUUCAGGUAGCAGGUACAGGGAAUUGAGAAGUUAACAGAAAAAAUACUUAGAAAAGGGUAGGGAGAGAGGCCUUUGCGUGUCGUUUUGCCCACCAUUUUACAUAGCUCUCCACUAAGUGAUUGCCUGGAACAGGCUAUAAUGUACUGUAGAAAAUUUUAACACCUUGAUAAGUAUAUCUCACUUGUGUCUGCAAAGACGAUCUUUCUCAAUAGCAACUCUUUUGUGAUCAGAUUAGCUUUACUUGGAAACUGUUUCCCUUUUUUCCUCACACUUUUUACCCGGUCUUUGUUUUUUUCUCUUUCUCAGUUUGACUUUGGCGAGAUCAUUGUACAUCAGAUUAUCCACACUAUAGAGUACUGCCUUGGUUGUAUCUCAAACACUGCAUCUUACCUGCGACUUUGGGCGCUUAGUCUUGCUCAUGCAGGUAAGAUUACUGACUUCACAUCCCUAAGGUGGCUGAACACAGCUAUUCUACAAUUGCUUUAUCCUUUUACUGUGCGUGUUAAUAUCUUAUAACGAGGUUUCAAGUACUUCAAGUACUCUUCCGCGCCAAUAAGCUUAAAAAGAAAAAAAUGGAAUGGUAAAGGCAAGCUUAGAUAAAAACCUAAAAUUUGUCAGCAGAAAUUUAUUGUUUUCGUCACCUUAGACAUGUCACGUGAUCUUAGCGAGCGCACAAGUGAUGGGCAUGCGUAUUUAGGAAGCAAAGUGAGAGCGUUUGUUUUGUUGACUUUCAAUUUCAGGCAAUGUAAAACAGGUAAUAUAAAACAAACGAAAAUAUCUUAAACACAUGAAAAUAUGCGAAAUUGCCUAAGGGGCAGCCCGGGGGAAUAGUGGGCGGGAGAGGAAAGGGCGGGGGGUGGAACCUGCUCUAAGCGGGGGAAGUAGGGGGAAUUACGGUAAACAUUAAUUAUUAGUUUACUUUCCAUCACAGAGUUGUCAGAAGUGUUGUGGAGCAUGGUUCUUAAGUUGGCUCUGAGCAUGAAGGGAGGCGUUGGAGUUGUGGCAGCGUAUGCAUUGUUUCAGGCCUGGGCAGGUCAGGUUAUUCUCGUAACCCUUUAAGCCCCGGCCCAAUAUUCACGCAUACAAAUUCCCCACACUGGACUCUAUAGGCGAAUCUUUGUGUACAGUUUUUGCCUCAUUAACAUAUUCUUAUCACUAUCCUGAUGACACUAAUGAAAUAAAAACUCUAAAUAUUGAAAGGGCAUAACAGUUUCAGUUAUCUCUGAAACUUUGAGCCCAAUACAUUGAAUGGUUUCGGAGAAAUCCUCCUCUAAAAACACGAAAUUUUACAGAGAAUGUAUAGCUCGUUAACUUUUUUGCCACACAGCAAUUUCGCAGUUUUUGAUGGCUGAUAUUUCCUUCAAUAUUGCUUACAAAGAGCUGAAAAUUGCACAAAUUGCUCAACUUACUCAGCUCUUUCAACUUUUGCAUUUAGUUUAUAUAUACGGCCACGGCUUCUAUGAGUUAAGUCGUAUGCUAAUGAGGAAAAAUGUAAACAAUGACGUCAGCAAGGAUUCGCCUAUACAUUUCUGUAAGGAAUAAGUUGAGAGAAUUCGAUAAAAGAUCAAAGCAUUGUUCCUUAAGUGAUUAUUUUAUUAAUCCUCGCAACCUAUUCUUUUGAUAUUAAAUGGCUGUUUAUUACUCUUGAGUCUUAAGGGGUUAAGCAGCUUUUUUUUGGACGGAACCAUUUCACUCAGUUUUCACAGGUUCAACUACUAGGAAGUGGAAAUACAAAAAUUACCGCCUCAAAUAGUGUAGGAACAUUUUGGACGAAAUUGAAGAAGGUUAAAGUGGAUUGCAGUCUUUCCAGCUUUUUCAAAGUUUCUGUUUACAGUAUCACAGGGUUCGUUGAAAGUUUGUCAAAUGACAGCCACUGUAGUUUGUAUUACCGUUGGUCUUCAUCGGGCGAAGCUGCCUUGUGUUUCCUUUGAGGUUGUUGUAUUUCGAUGACUAGAAUUGUGUUAGAAGCUGUUCCCUUAGCGUCUCUGCUGUAUUGUCUGAUCGUGGGCACGCACACGCUUUUGGAAUCUCAAUUCCAGGGAGUGACUAUAGUGAGUAAACUAUAGACGAACCCUAUCAUCAUACACAAUCCGUGACAAAUAAUAUCUUUCAAUAUAAUUAUAUACUUACGCCACCGGCUGCCUUCUGCCCACUCGCCUUCCAGCUUUAUUAAGGAAUCAAAGGUCGUUUUUGUUUUUGUUUUUUUUUUUUGGUAUUUUAUUUUAUCCUGUAAAGCAUUUGUCGGGUUGCAGCUUCUGUUUAUAGUAAUACCUUCCGUGCUUAUAUUGAAUAUCACUCCGCGGUGCUAUGUCUUGGCGCUGUGCCUUGUUGUUUGUGAAACUUUGAUCUGAUAUUUUAUUGAAAAGAGACAAUCUCGUAUUGAACAAUACAUAACAAAUCACAGUGAAAAGGAUGAUAUAACAUAAUGUUUUAUUGACUGAGUUCAAUUGUUUGCAGUGUUGACGGUUGCUGUCUUGUUGAUUAUGGAGGGGUUGUCAGCUUUCCUGCACGCUCUCCGUCUUCACUGGUAAGUUGUUGCUACAACAGUUCCCAAUAAUUAACUUUAUGCAUAGCAGAGCUGUCACUGAUUUCAGCAAAAUAGCUGAGUUAGUAUAUAAGUUUUUUGAGCAACAGGAAGUCCACACGCUCGAGCGUUUCCCUGUAUCUCCAACAUGAACCAUCUAGGAUCCUGAAUCUGGGAUUGUUAUCCCCCUUCCCACCUCCCCAUCCCCCAUCCUCCCAUCCCCCUCCCCCCCUUCCCGCAUGGGAUAUCUCCUCAGUCCUGCACCAGAGGUACUUACCAUUUACAUCGGAAAAACGGAAAUUACGUUUGGAAAAUCAAAUGGCUCGCGCCAUUCCAGUUAGAAAGCUUCAGAAAUUAAGGGCUGUGAUUUGAGGCGAUGCAAUUUUCUUACUCAUUUUAGGUUGUUCAGCUGAGUUGCAUGUCCUUUGUAGCGGGUCCUUCUCCCGCACUACGUCAGAUUUUAUAGUUUUAUUUUUGUACACAAGAUUUCCACCCGGGUGGUGUGUAUGUAAACGGCAGGCACCCAAGCAUUAUGUAGACUUUUAAAAAAGUCCUUUGUCCGAUUCGCGACUUCGUCGCUCGUUUGGCCACUUCGCGGCCUAAAAAGCUCUCUCCUCUGGCUAAGAAACUCGUGAGGCCGAUUUGUAGCAAGUCUAAAGCAUUAUGUUACCAAGAACCCACUUAUGCUCUUAAAGAACGUGGUAAGGGAAAAUUGUUCUGUCAGUGAGAACGCAAUAGUCGUAGUUCACAAAACACUGGGGCGUUUGCUCGUCCCUCGCGAUUCUCAAUUGGAGAACUAUUUUAAAGCUUUGCUGGUACCUCGUUAAGUCUAAAGGGUUUUUCUGCGAAUUUCUGGGGUUUUCGUUUCUUCCACAACGCUGUUGCUGUUAAGUCCUUUUUUAACUCGUGGGUACGCGCGAGCGUAUCACGAGUUAUUGCAGGGACUGAGAUAUGCAAAUGAGUCACUCACUCACUCGUAGUAGACGCACUUCGUAAUUAAUCGGGUCCGAACUCGAGAGCGCGAAGAUCUAUCGUUUCCAAAGAAGCACCCGCUCGCCGAAGUUCGGUAGCAUCAAAUUCCUCGCUGCGAAAGUGGAUCGUGCGCUACAGCACGGUUAGGAUAGAGGUCUUACCAAAUUAAGACAGGCAGGAAUCUUUCAAAUUAGUACGAUUCAAAAGCCUUUGACCCGUCCAGGCGUUAAACUUGACAAGAAGAUGAGCAUUUGCUCUUCGACUCCUUCAACUUCGACGCUGGCUUGAUCUCGUACCUUGUAGUACUGUAGUAGGUUAUGUGUAUGAAUGAAUUUAUGGCGGUCAGUAUAAAACACGGAAUGCGAACUACGGACUGCGGACUGGGUAUAAAAUACGGACUGGUGAAAUGUAUGGUAAAUAAAGGCACUUCUUCUUCUUCUUCUUCUUCUUCUUCUUCUUAAGGACUCCCCAAGAUCACGGGGGGAAAUGGAUGUGAGUUUGAGCAUUACCUUUUUAAAAUAACAGCGGAUGUCGACAUAAGAAAACAUAAGCUAAUGUUUUGCGUCCUACUUCGCGGAGGAGUUGUGUCGGCUUUGUAUCGCAUAUGUUCUUUCAUUGCCAUGAAAUGCGUUUACAUUGUUUUUUACUGUCAGUAGCCUGGUUUCAAUUAGCCUUAAUUUCAUCCCAUUCCUUCGAGUCGUUUUUAUGGCUCGAUUGUUUGUCCCGGUCGUUUGCCGCCGGAAGUUCCAUAUAAAGCGCAUUAAAUUUGAAUAAUUAUUAUGCGACAUCCUAAAUGGCGUAGUGGCUAUGUGAGGUCGGGUCUUACCGAAGGCACCGGGUUCAAAUCCUGCUAUAGACCUUCUUUUUCCCUUCUUCCUUUUUUUUUUCUUUUUUGUUUUGUCUCGUUUGCUUAUUUGUUUUGCUGUUUUUUUUUGUUUUGUUUUUAAAUAUAUACUUAAAUAACUGUUACUAAAGUGCAAUAAACAGCAAGAAAAGUAUUGUGUUUCCAGAACAAGGAUAGUAUAUUUAUAAUAUGAAUUUCUAUCAUUUCCUAAAAUUCACUGUGGGAAAACCAGAGGUGAUAACUAAUUGAUUAUUUUCUAAACAACGUACCCACGAGUUGACGAUAGUCUUUCUUUGAUUUGUUUUUCUUUCUUUCGGCGACGCGGAAGGAUCUGCGGACAUUUUUUUUCUCAUUUACUUGAUUAACCCUUCAUGUGUAUUAAGUUUUACUCAUGAUUUCUCAUUGCAAUUUUUAAUUAUCAUUUUGAAGGGUCGAGUUCCAGAACAAGUUUUACCAAGGAGCAGGCUACAAGUUCCAGCCUUUCUCUUUCAAGCUCAUAAUAAGUGGACAGUUGGAGGAGUAA